AUGAAGACCUCUUUUGCCGCUCUCUCUCUCGCUCUUUCGGCCUCUGCCGCGGCUAUUCCUUUUUCUAGCAGCAGUCAUGCUGCCUCCAGCACUGGCCUGCCGUCAUCUUCUAGCCCCAGCAACAGUUCUGUGAAGGGCGGGGAGGCGCUGACUACCCCGACAGACCUUCCAUCCUUGGUCUCAGAUGCGCAGUCGGUGGUUGCAGCUCUUGCUUCUGCUGGUGCUCAGAAGCGCGGCGAGGCCCUCUCAAUCCCUACCGACCUUCCGUCGUUGGUUUCUGACGCUGAGUCGGCUGUCGCUGCGCUGGCCUCCGCUGGCGCCCAGAAGCGUGGUGAAUCCCUAUCAAUUCCCACCGAUCUCCCGUCUCUGGUCUCAGAUGCCCAGUCCGUGGCUGCAGCUCUUUCUUCUGCCGGUGCUCAGAAGCGUGGCGAGGCCCUCUCCAUCCCCACCGAUCUACCUUCGCUGGUUUCUGACGCUGAGUCUGCUGCUGCUGCGCUGGCUUCCGCUGGUGCCCAGAAGCGCAGCGAGGCUGUGUCUAUUCCCACCGAUCUUCCAUCUCUGUUGAAGGAUUCCCAGUCUAUUGGCAGUGCCAUUGCCUCUGCUGGCGCUCAGAAACGCGCCGAGCAGACCCUGCCUUUCCUACCUCCCACUGGAACUCCCACUGCUCCAUUCGGAACUGGCAUGCCUACUCCUAGCACACUUUCCUCUCGCAAAGUCCUUUCUACUGGUGGGCCCUUGUUCACUGGAACCCCUUCGUCGUAA